UUCAAAUUUUACCACCUUAUUCUGAGUAUAAAUUCUACUGUAAGUCGUCGAUAGCUGUGAGUCCCAUGCACCUUUUCCCCAACCCUUGGGAGCACAGCUUCAGUGAGCUUUUGGCUUUAGCUCAUAACGACCCACUAAUUCAACACUUGUGUCAAGUGUUCGCAAAACCCGAUGGGCCCAACGAGGCUGGGGAAAGGCUGAGAGUGCUCUCUAUCUUUCGCUGUUAGACAUUUUCUUUUCCUCUCUCAACUUCAUUUUUUCAACAACUUGAAAGAAUUUGCCAAAAUCCAGCGAACACGAUUGUCACGUAACUGGAGCAUCUUCCUCGUCAUGAGGCAGUGUGGCACCUGGCUCAUUUGACUCCUGGCGCAUGUCAAAGUUUCUACACUCAUAAUUUGACUGGACCAACACGCAAUUUCCAUUCAAUCAUCGUCAAAAGAUGACUUUGUGUAAAUUCUUUCAGCAGGGCAACUGCAAAUUUGGCAAUAGUUGCCGAUUCGAACAUGUAAAUCCAAACAAUCGUAAUCAACCCUCGAACCGCUUCGGAGCUUUAGGAGGAGGAAGCAACCAGAACCCAGCUGACAAAUACAACAUUACUAUCGACACCAUCGAAAAGGAUUUGACGAACGAGGUUCCGCAAUGGAUUCUCUCAGCCUAUGCGCCAGGGCGAGAUGCUCCUGGUCAGCUAUUUGGCGGAUAUCCGCGCGAACAGAGUUUUGAAGAGCUCCGGCUACAUUUUAUGAUGGGGAAAGCGUCAGGGAACGAACAGCAAGCUCUUAACGAAGCACAAGAGCUAUAUGUUCAAGCGCAACAGCAGAUGCAGACGGCUCUCCGCGAUGUCAAAGGGGCGGUUCAAUUUAUUGUAGGCGAGGAAAAUAACCACCCGAAUCGACACGAUAUCUGCAAAGAAGGAACGCAAGGAGCUCCCUUUGGAGAAUUUCUUGUUGGGAAGCGACCCAAAUCGACAAUCGCCGAUACUGGCGCUCAGUCAACCCCGUUCGGAUCCAACAACAACAAUACUUCAAAUCCUUUUGGUGGUGGCGCAUCGACCGGUGGAAGUGCCUUUGGGCAGCCGUCGACUCUCGGCGCGAAACCAAGCGCGUUUGGUGCACCGUCCUUUGGUCAACCAUCGCAGCCAGCACAAGGAGGAGGCUCGGCCUUUGGUCAACCAUCGCAACCUUCAGCGUUCGGACAACCAUCACAGUUGGGGCAAACCGCCUCAGCAUUCGGCAAGCCAGCGCAAACCUCGACCUUUGGCCAGCCAUCACAGCCAGGAUCUGCUUUUGGUCAACCUUCAGCUUUAGGCGCAAAGCCCAACCCGUUUGGCACACCAGCAUUUGGACAACCUUCGCAACCAAAUGCACAAGGCAGUGUCUUCGGCCAACCGUCACAACCAAAUACGCAGGGCAGUGCCUUUGGCCAAGCCAGCCAGCUUGGACAUAAACCGAGUCCCUUCGGAGCACCGAGUGGAACGAACAGUUCUAGCCCAUUCGGAGCCGUCGCAAACAACAAUAAUGCCCCUGCAGCGAACCCCUUCGGUGCUCCAAGUGGUGGCGCGACGAACAGUCAGCCUGCCAAUCCUUUUGGACCCAACAAUAAUAGCCAGACCAAUGCUCCAGCGAAUCCGUUUGGGCAGCCUUCACAUCCUGCUCAAGGAAGCUCGCCUUUCAGCCAGCCUUCAAAUGCUGCCGCACCGGCAACGUCAAACCCAUUCGGUGCAUCUAAUGCGACCUCGAAUCAACCCACAAACAGUCCAUUUGGUCAGUCUUCACAGACCCAGUCGAAUGGCUUUGCGUCGCAGAAUAACCAACCACCAGCAAGCAAUCCAUUUGGUCAACCUUCGCAGCAGAAACCUGCGAAUCCUUUUGGUCAGCCAUCCAACGCUGCACCAGCUGCCGCGAACCCGUUUGCUACGACGCAGGAUCAAAAGCAAUCCUCAGCAGCAGCUUCUUCGACAGGCCCAUACCCACCGCACAGCAGUAGACAACACCCGCCUAUUGAGAGCUAUAGCUCUAAAGGCAUGGAUGGCCGGCUAUCAAUGUUCAAGGGCAAAUCAGUCAUUUACAAGGAUGACAAGCCCGGAAUCCGAGAAUUCGAUGGGACAUGGCGGCGGAUUUGGUUCCCAGAUGGUCCUCCUGCAUUCUCAGCGGAUACAGAAUUGCCUCCUGAGAUGUACGACGAUAAGUCCAAGGCUCAAUGGAUGGCAUUCGCACAGACUGGAACCUUUGAGGGUGGCCUGAUGCCCGAACUACCGCCUCCGCGAGAAUGUACUCUAUGGGAUUUCUAGCCAAGGAGUCAAGUCGAGCCAGUUCACAACUUGUUUUAUAUAGGAUGUGGAGGAGAAGAGUCGAGGAUGAGAUAGAAGGCGUUGGACGAUUCAGGAGACUGCGUUAAUUGGCGUUGUGUAUAAUCAUUGGGGAUGCUUGGAUGCAUAAUCUAGACAGUUAAAGAAACAUCUUCGCAAGACAAGCAAAGUGAAGGAUGGUAUCAACUUCAGUGGAUUUACGCCGAGUUUGCUGUGUGGCUUUGACACAACAAGCCCCACUUCAAGUGAUGAGAUCAAUGUAAAUGACGUAAGAGCUUGCCGAAUGCUACAGAUCUUACAAAAUUGUCUACAACAAAUCAACGAAG